AUGAACUCUUUUGGCCCCCCAGACCAAGGUGCAGAACUAGACUCACUAAGCUCUACCUUCCAAGCCGCCUUCGAUCGGAUCUUCCAGGCUACCCAGAAGGUCGGCGAAGACCCUCUCUUACGAGUAGCCGGAGGAACUGAGGUCUCUCAACUCAAAGCAAUCAGCACUCCUGGCGGUGCUCACUCCGUGGAGGCAGCCAUUGAGGAUGUGUUCACCAUCUCUGACUAUCGAAUGCGAAUGAACCAUCCCAAGUGUUUCUGCUUUGUUCCAGCACCUACCUCGCCACUUUCUUGGAUAGGUGAUUGUCUGUCUAGCGCUUUCAACUCUUUCGCUGGAUCGAGACUGCAGGGCUCUGGUGUAGCUAUUGUUGAGCAGACGCUGCUGCAAUGGCUGUCAGCCAAAGUUGGACUUCCAGAUACGUCUGGAGGUAUCUUUGUCUCAGGAGGCUCUAUGGCAAACAUGAGCGGCAUGGUACUUGCAAGGGAAUGUAUAUUGGAGCCCGAUUCUGAACACCUGGGCGUCGCAUAUCUCUCUGAUCAGACACACCAUUCUGUCAAGAAAGCCCUCCGCAUAAUUGGUAUCAGGAGGAGUCAAAUUCGAGUUGUUCCAACUAAUGAAUGCUUUCAAAUGGACGUGAGUGCCUUGAAAGAUGCCAUCAAAGCGGACCGCGAGGCUGGUCUGAAGCCUUUUGUAAUAGUGGCGACAUGCGGGACAACAAACACUGGGAGCAUCGAUCCACUGGAGGUGCUCGCCCAGUUACGCGAUGAGGAGAACAUUUGGCUCCAUGUUGAUGGUGCAUAUGGCGCGUCAGCUUCCCUGGCUGCAACUCGAAGCUCUGUCGCCAACGGUCUUGGAUCGGCAGACAGUAUCUCUUGGGAUGCACACAAAUGGCUGUUCCAAACAUACAGUUGCAGUCUCAUCCUUUUGAGAAACAAGAUCAGCUUGGUCAAAGUUUUCAACAACGACGGCGACUAUCUUCGCGAUGCUCUCGAUGACGAAGAGAUGCCCAACUUUUGGAACCUUGGCAUGGAAUUAACACGUCCCUCACGAGCGCUGAAAUUAUGGUUCACCCUACGAGUCCUCGGCGUGGACAGAUUUGGGAAGAUGAUUGAUCACGGGUUCCAUCUGGCAGAAAUUGCUGAAGCCGAGAUUUUAAAGUUGUCAGAUUGGCAACUCACAAGUCGGGCGAGUAUGGCGAUAGUGACAUUCCGAUAUGCACCUGCGGGAAAGACUGAGGAGGAUUUGGAUGAACUGAACGCUGCGAUCUCAAAACAUUUGGUUGAAAAUAAUAUUGGGUUGGUUUUGACUACAAAGCUACGCGGGAGAGUCGUUCUGAGGAUCUGCUCUAUCAGCCCAGUGCUUGGCGGGGACGAGAUGGUGGAGGUUAUUCGGCAGACUAGCGAGGUUGCACAGCUCAUUUCUAAACAGUGCAGUCAAUAA